GCGGCCCCAUUGUGGGCACGCUCGCAGCCCAUUGGCUGCCGGCCGCGGCCGGGCCUCGCUCCCCGCCCGCUGACACAAAGCGGGUCCAAGAUGGCGGAGGCGGGCGCGGGGAGCCCGCACGGCGGGGACGCGGCGCCGCCGGGGCCGCCCGAGGAGCAGGAGCUGAGCCGACGCCUCCGCCGCCUCUACCCCGCCGUCAACCAGGACGAGACGCCGCUGCCGCGCUCCUGGAGCCCCAAGGACAAGUACAACUACAUCGGCCUCUCGCAGGGCAACCUGCGCGUCCACUACAAAGGUCACGGUAAAAAUCACAAAGAUGCUGCCUCGGUCAGGGCCACUCACCCCAUCCCUGCAGCCUGUGGCAUUUAUUACUUUGAAGUGAAGAUCGUCAGUAAAGGUAGAGAUGGGUACAUGGGAAUAGGACUUUCUGCUCAAGGAGUCAACAUGAACAGGCUUCCUGGAUGGGACAAACAUUCUUAUGGGUACCACGGUGACGAUGGGCACUCCUUCUGCUCCUCGGGGACAGGGCAGCCCUACGGCCCCACGUUCACCACUGGAGAUGUGAUAGGCUGCUGUGUCAACCUUAUCAACAAUACCUGCUUCUACACAAAGAAUGGUCACAGUUUAGGUAUAGCCUUUACAGACCUCCCUUCAAACCUCUACCCUACAGUGGGUCUCCAGACUCCAGGAGAGAUCGUGGAUGCCAACUUUGGGCAGCAGCCCUUUGUGUUUGACAUCGAGGACUACAUGAGGGAGUGGAGGGCGAAGAUCCAGAGCACCAUUAAGCGGUUUCCCAUUGGAGACAGGCUGGGAGAGUGGCAAGCCAUGCUGCAGAAUAUGGUUUCAUCAUAUUUGGUUCACCAUGGGUACUGUUCAACAGCAACUGCCUUUGCCAGAGUCACAGACACCACAAUCCAGGAAGAACAGACCUCAAUAAAGAACAGACAAAGAAUACAGAAGCUAGUAUUAGCAGGCAGAGUGGGAGAGGCUAUAGAAGCCACCCAGCAGCUCUAUCCUGGCCUCCUAGAACAUAACCCAAACCUGCUCUUCAUGCUAAAGUGCCGGCAGUUCGUGGAGAUGGUGAACGGCACCGACAGCGAGGUGCGCUGCUUCAGCGCCCGCAGCCCCCGCUCCCAGGACAGCUACCCCGGCUCCCCCAGCCUCAGUCCCAGACAUGGAUCAAGCAACUCCCACGUUCACAGUACUGGAGCAGAUAGUCCAACCUGUAGCAAUGGAGUCAUGUCCACAAAAAGCAAACAGAGUCACAGUAAAUACCCAACACUGAGUUCAUCAUCUUCAUCUUCCUCCUCCUCUUCCCCUUCAUCUGUGAACUACUCUGAGUCCAAUUCUACAGAUUCUACCAAAUCUCAGCAGCACAGUAGUACGAGUAAUCAAGAAACCAGUGACAGCGAGAUGGAAAUGGAGGCUGAGCAUUACCCCAACGGGGUCCUGGAAAAUUCAUCCACCAGGAUCAUGAAUGGCACCUACAAACACGAGGAGAUCCUGCAGACAGAUGAGUCCAGCAUGGAAGACAGCUGCCCCCAGAGGCAGCUCUGUGGAGGGAACCACGCUGCCACAGAGAGAAUGAUCCAGUUUGGGCGGGAGCUGCAGAUCCUGAGCGAGCAGCUUUGCAGAGAGUAUGGGAAGAACACCAUGCACAAAAAGAUGCUUCAGGAUGCCUUUAGCUUGUUAGCUUACUCAGACCCUUGGAACUGCCCCGUCGGCCAACAGCUGGACCCCAUCCAGAGGGAACCUGUGUGUGCUGCUCUCAAUAGUGCUAUUUUGGAAUCUCAGAACCUGCCAAAGCAGCCCCCGCUGAUGCUGGCCCUGGGCCAGGCCUCGGAGUGCUUGCGGCUCAUGGCUCGUGUGGGCCUGGGCUCCUGCUCCUUCGCCAGAGUAGACGAUUAUUUGCACUGACACCGAGCGGGGCGCAGCUGCCGUCGUGGAGUGCUGCCCCUCACCCUCUGCUGCUGCCACUCUGCACCACCACCUCGUUGGAUAGCCCAGCUCCCUGCCACCGACACCCCUGUAGCACACACACACUGCCUGUGCAAGGAGCCAGUGAGUCCCUCUCGUGUGGCUGCUCUGACCCCAGGAGGACCAGCAGCUCCUGCCAUUGCUGCGGCUCCAGCGGCGCCCGGUAUUUCGCUGGUUAUUCUAAUGUAGCGCCUUCUGAUGUAGGGAUUUUUUUUUCUCUUUUGUUUUGAUUUGAGUUGUUUCUCAUGGUUCCACCGAUAUUUUAUCUGGAGAGUUUUGCUGAGCUGGUUUAUGCUGAUUUACUGAGGAAGCUCGUCAAGUUGGUGACAGCUUGUUCUUUUCUUCCCUUCUCCCUCCAUCGUGCACAUACAGCAUCAUCCGUGCUAGUAAUCCGAACUCUUCUCACAGUGGCAGUUCAGAGGGAUUUUUUUUUUAUUUUAUUUGAAUCAUGUUUAUUAAAAAGGUCUCUUCCACCUCCACAAAGUCAUUGAUGUAUUUAUUGCCCACAGACUCGGUCCCAGCCACACUCACCAUACAACCCCUCAGGAGGCCGGGUGAGGUAGGUCCUGUCACACACUAAUGAUGAGAAUUGGAGGAGCCUGGUCCUUCAUGGUGCUUCUCUUCAGAGCUCAAGGCUCUCAAUCUUGGCUUUGUGAGUGGGAAGAGUAGAAGACUGACAUUGCCUGUGUUGGUGAUUGUGCUGUAGAAGCAUCUCACAGCCCUGAGAGUUAAAUCCAGCUCUGUGAACAGUUGGAGGGACAGCACUGAUGAUGAAUGUGAGUGAAGUCAUCUGCCACUGCGUGGGUAGAACCAGGUCAUGUGAAUUGGCCAGAAACAUCUGUGGGUGAUGCCCUGGUGGGCUGACAAUUUUUAAUUAAAUAACAAAUCCCCUGUUUGCUUCAUGGAGGAGGGCUCUGCCACUGACUCAGUAAUAACAGUAUUUCCUGCCCUCUCCCAUUCCUGCAACACUGAUCUAAAUGAGCACUAUAAAUUUUGGAAGUGUCUGGAGAAACCUGGGCUGAGCUGUGCUUGUCCUUACAGGGACAAGCUGAGGUCAGGUUCCAGGUUGGGGUCAGUACCAGCUCUGUCAGGCCUCAGCCAUUCAGAAAGGAGCAGCAGUGUUUCUUUAGGGAUUAUUAAGAUAAAUAUGGAAGUUUCAGGCCCAAAAGAGACCAGCAAGGAUCUGUGGGUGAGUAGCCUCUGAAUAAAAUGGACUAAUGUGUCCAUCCUGUGUGCCAGGCCCAGGGACUUGAGUGCUACCAAGCAUUCAGAGCACCUGUGAGUGUUUCUGAGCAUGUUCUGUUCCCUGGCCAGGCUGCCUGGCAGCACCGUGUGCUUUACAUCCUCUGCUGCACCAUUAGGAGAUGGCAGGUUCAGCCUGGCUGCACGGGAGGAAUUGGAAUUCUGCACCAAAUUAAUUUUAGGUCAGUAGCUCUGGAGAGGACCCAAGGGAACUCAAACCAAACAUGAAUUUUACUGCUGUUCAGAAUUUUUUUUUGGGAAGGUCGAUGAAAGAUGAACAGGUUUUGUUGAGAUUUGUCCUUAAAAUGGAGGUUAGCCUGUGCCAGAGCUUCAAGCACCAAGAGAGUUUGUGUGCCACUGGGAAGGAAAGUAGCAGCAGCCCGAAGCCUUAAGGAUUUUCUGGGUUUGCAGGAUGGGUUUGCAGCUGCCACAUGAGGUCUGAAAUCAAGGCAGAGCAGGGGGCAGGUGCCAGGGCAGACUGUGGCAGUGAAUGUGCAGAUGGGGUUGGAGGUGGUUGGGAACAUUAUCCCUGCCUUUUGGUGAAGGUGUGCAGUGUGUAAGGGCAGUGCUAGAGCCGUGGUGGUCUAAGAAAACAGGAGGAUACUUUUAUCAGAUCACUGGUACAGCUGCAAAAAGCAGAGGGAGCUCUACCACAGCCUGUCUUCCAGGGAGACAGAGAGCUGCACCAAGCAGAAUUUAACUUGCCAGUCUGCGGCUUCUCUUCUUGCUCUGGGGAACAGCUCAUCUGUUGAUUUUGAGCUCUGCUGAUGGAUCUUAGCCCAGCCUGCCAUCCUUGCUGUGCUGCAGAGGUAACUCAGUGGGCAGGUUUCCUUCCCAAAGCCUCUGGUCCCAGACAUGCCAAGGCAGCAUGUGAGCUCUGCCUGGUGGGAUUCUCCUGCAGGCUUUCCAUUCGUUAAUCUCAGGCUGACAGCACACUGCUGGGCUGAUUCUGGGUACUGAGGCUGAAAUAUUCCAGAACCUUGCUUUGCCUUCCCCAUUUAGCAAUUUCCUCUGCUGCUGGUCACCAUUUUGCAGCAGUCUGGCCUCCCUCAUCUUUCUAGCAACACCAUCUUUAUCUCUUUCUGAGGUUUUUUGAUUCCUUCUCUUUGUGGUUUCUUUAAGCCAAGUCUCUCAUCAUGUGUCAAACUAAUGCCCCAUUUGGACUCUCAGCAAAGCUUUGCUGACUGUCCCAGAGCGCCUUUUUUAUUUUGGUUUUGCUACCAAAAAAAAAAAACCCAAAACAAAACAGCCAAGAGAUGUUCCUAGAUAUCUGUUUAUUUUGGUGCCAAGAAAUGUGUGAUGGAUGUUAUUUGGGGUUUUUUAAAUUUACUUCAAGUGUUCUGGUGGUUUCACCAGUGGUUUCUGCUUCUUGUACUCAGAUUCAUGACUCACUAUGGGGAAGAUAAGCAUGUUUGUGGUGUGUGGUGGGAUGUAGGCCCCAACCUACCCCUGAUUCCUAGAUGGGAUUUCUGAUGUGGUUUUCUCAGGUUGUAUUUCAAAGCCUCUUGCCUUUGAAUCUCUCUGGCUGCUCUUUGAUGGUUCAUGUUAGCUGAAACUUGGAUUAUUGCAGUAGCUUUUAAAAACAGAGCUAAAGUGAAAUGGGAUUUAUAACACUGGAUGUGGCUGUACACCUAACCAGAGGCUACAUGGCAAUUCAAGAAAGUUACAUUUAUAAAAAUGAUUUGGGUUUUGUUAUUCCAAGUGCCUCAAGCAACCUGGUCACUGGUCCCCAAGAGUCCAUUCUUUAAAUAGCUUUGUUCUUGAGGCUGCCUUGAAAAACUGGAGCAACCAGAGCUGCAGGAACUAGUUCUGGGGAUGGAUUGAAUGUAUCAUUUUCCACCUUGGGUAUCAGGGAUUAUGAAGCAUCUCCUCCUUCAGCGAAGCCAACCAGGCUGGAUUGUAGCUGUGCUUUGGUACCUGUCUGUGUUAAUGUGUCACACAUGUUGCUUGGACAUACGUUUCAGAGUUCUGCUGGUAUGGGGUUGAUGGAGAAGGUGACCUGUGGGAGGCAGGCUGCAGAGCAGUGUGUCAGUGCUGUGAAGCUGUGUGGUGCACAGGAUCAGGAAGUUCUUCCCAUGAAGAGGCAGUGCAGAUUUGAACUGUGCUGUGGCAGCAGGUGGAGAGAGGGGUCCCUGACGCUCCAGUCCUGGGUGCAGUGAGGCCCUGUGGAGCUGGUCACAGCCUGGGAGAAGGAACAAGGGGCCCUGGAGUCCUGGACUCCACCCAGGAGUCCCCUUUGCAGAAGGAGCAUCUUCCAGCCUUGCCAGCGUGAGAGCAGCCUCAGUGGUGGGGCAGGGAGAGAGCAGGUCUCUUGUAGAGAGCAAGUGUUGGGUCUGCAGCUGUACCAAGGUGUUUCUGCAGAAGGACUUGGUGGGGCCAUGCCAGGGACAUGCUGAGUGCUACUGGGACCCUGCUGCCCCAGAGGGCUGAGUGAUGGAGGGAACUGCAGCCCAGCAGGUCUUGGUCAGAGCCAGAGCUGGCUGUGAGCCUUGUCCCAUCUGCUGUGUAGGGCAGAGAGCUGGAGGAAGUGUUGCUGGGGCUGUGUGAGGGGCGCUACAGCAGAUUUGGGAGGAAAAGAAAAGAGCUGAGAGCCUGGAGGCCUCUUCUAUUGACAGCACUAGCUGCUCUCCACUAUCCUUCCCUGCAACAAGAGGUGACAGGUGAUGGAUGAGUGAAACCUGACAUGUCUGUCCCUCUCCCCACAUCCCAAACCAGAGCUCAGAGCCUGCAGCUUGAGCUGGAGCUGUGCCUGGCAAGCCAGGGCAUCACCCUGGCUUGAGGAGCACACGUCCUGUCAGCUCUUAUUUCUGGGAAGGAAGCUUAACUCUCUCCUGCUUACAGGAAACCCACAAGUCCUGUGUGGGAUUUACACUUACAUCACCACAGAAACAUUCCUGGAGGCCAUGCAAACUUCUGCUCCUUGCUGAAAGUCCCAUGGCCAGGCAGACACCUUUUCUCUGGUCGCUCCACUUGGGUCCAAGCGUGUGCUUGGGCGUUUUUGCUCGGGAGGACUUUAACUGAAUUCUUCCUGCAGAAGGGAGCACGGAGGGAUUUUUGUAUGCUGGGCUUCUCACAGGCUUAGACUUGGAGAAAGCAGAAGCAGCAGCAGCUCUGGGGAUAAUCCAGAUUUUAAAGAAAAUUUGAAAACCACAAGUACAGUGACUUCCAGACCAAGGACUGCACCAGCGUUGGAUCGGGAUCGCGGUCGUGUCUCUCGGUCCCGCCUGUGCAGCCGGGGAGGCAGGAGGAGGCUGCGGCCCCUGAAGCUCUCACACACAGCAGUGCAAGCCCCAGGACCUGCCCAGCACGCAGGGAACUCUUCUCUCCUGCUGGUUGCUCAAAACUCAGGUAUGAAAUGCUCAGCUGGAGCACGGGGUGCGAGGUCUCCGCAGGCUUCCCGGCAGCCCUGGAGCUGCCUGUGCCACUGCAGGCUUCUCAUCGCCUUGGGAAGGGAGUUUCACCUCUUUGGUACAACAGUGGCUACGUGGACAUUUCACAAACUGUGCACAUUGGUUCGACCUACGCUUAGUAUUUGUGAAUUAAGUUAUCUGACGCUUCGCAUGAAAACUUCAAAAAAUGGGCUGGGGGGGUGGAUUUUAACUGAGAAAAAGCCUAUGAAAUAUACUGGAAAUAUGGUAAAGAAAUCGACAUUCUGCUGUAUAUUGACAGAAUUAUUUUUAUUAAAAUACACAUCCAUGUGCAAGA